AUGGUCCUCAGACCAAAGCACAAGGUAGAGUGUGUAAGAGUGUCCAGCACAGCCCUGGCCUUUGGACUCUGCGGUUGGACUAAAACUGGUAUUGCAUUGUUGUAUGAUGAAGUAUCUGAAAAUGCCUAUGACAUCCGACUGAAGCUUACAAAAGAGGUAUUAACAAUUCAAAAACAAGAUGUCGUCUGUGUUAGUGGAAGUGAUCACAGUGCAAAUCACAGAACUGUUACACUUCGUAGACAACCAGUUGGUGGCUUGGUCUUAAGCAGAAAGGGUGGUGCUGAGCACAAAGUGCCUGUCGUCAUAUCAAAAAUAUUUAAAGACCAAGCAGCUGACCAAACAGGAAUGUUAUUCAUAGGAGAUGCAAUAAUACAGGUUAAUGGUAUUAAUGUAGAAAGUGCUACCCAUGAAGAAGUGGCUCCGUCAUCACCUUCUUCACCCAUAGCUAAUGAACCAAAAUACGAGAAGCGCUGGCUAGACACCUUAUCAGUUCCUCUGUCGAUGGCUCACAUCUCGAGGUACAAAGCUGGAACAGAUAAAUUAAGAUCUAAUGCAUUUGAAGUGCUGGCACUCGAUGGAGUUAGUACUGGUAUACUUCAGUUAUAUACAGCCCAGGAGAGUGCUGACUGUCUGAGAGCAAUAUCAACUAACAUCAGUGGUUUGACACUUCAAAAUAUGAAAAUGACAAAUAAAUGCUGUUCUCCCUCAGACCAGGUCAUACAUAUGGGAUGGGUAAAUGAGAAACUUGAAGGAACUGAUUCAUCUCAGCUCUACAAAUUCAAGUUUCUGGCACUGAAGGGUUCAUCCUUCUACAUUUUCAGCACUCCACCGGUAAGCACACUAGACUGGGUACGAGCUGAAAAAAUCUAUAACCUCUGUGAGGUUCUGUUUAAAAUUCACAAGAUGAAGAGUCACAUACUGAAACAUGUCUUUCAGCUCUGGCUUGCUGAUGAUUGCUGGCUACAAGCAAACUUGUAUUUAGGUAUUCAUCAAGACUAUGAUCUUGAAGACCAGAGGCCAUAUUGUUUCAGUGUUAUGGUUGGACAUGGCAAGAGUCAUUAUUUCAAUGUAGAGCUUGGCAUUGAGUUGGCAGUGUGGGAGAAAUCUUUUCAAAGAGCAAUUUUCUUGGAAGUUCAAAGAACAGGGGUAAGUAAUGAAUAAUUUGAAUCCUGGAGCCAUUUCAUCAGUAAAAUAUUCUGUAACAAAUUUUAGCAAAGUUACUGCAUAUGUUUAAUAAUUGUUUCAGAUUAAUAUGCACUGUGAGUAAAGAUCUGAGUAUACUUUAAUACACCAAAGGCUUCUGAAAGCUUCAUCAUCACAUAAAUAUUUAUCUGUCUAUGACUGUGUGAUAACACUGUAUGAGUAUAUUAUGACAGUUUGAAAAUUAGAAGUAGUAAUGUAUAAAUUUACUUUGAUUACAAUAAACUGGAAAUUGAUACAUUCUGC